AUGAAGCCAGGGCAAUCAUAUGCCGAUUGGGUUGCUGAUCUUCGAGGUGUGGCACGCAACUGUAAGUUUUCUUGUCCAAAAGAAGCGUGUUCAGAAUCGUACGUAGAUAACAUGAUUCGUGACAUCAUUGCUCUCUACAUUCCGCAUGACACAGUUCGAACGCAAGCUUUACAAAAGAUUGAUCCAGAGUUAAAAGAUGUGUUGGAUAUAGCCACUGCAUACGAGACAACACAAAAAACAUUUUCUGCCAUCAAAGAGAACAACAAUGAGAUGGAGGUAAAUGUAUUAACUUCAAAGGUAUGUUCUCAGUCGCGCACACAAUCCGAGUCAGCGAGAAAAUCUUGGCCCAGCUGUUUUGUUCAUCAUCAGAGAAGCGAUUGUCGUCACAAUAAAACUGUUUGCCAUAAAUGCAAAAAAAUUGGGCAUAUAGCAGCUGUUUGUAUGAUGAGUGCGAACGAUGGUAAUGCUAGUACGGUAAAUUCAAAACGAAACAAAAAGAAUAGGUCAAACAGAAGAGACAAAAUAAAAUCAAGCUAUAUAUCAAUAAAAUAUUCAGCUUAUUCCAUUGAACAAAUUUAUUUUACUGAAGUGGUUACGUCACAUGAAUGUGCGAUGGUGAAAGCUAAAUCAAGGCCGUGGAUUAUGGUGGAUGCCGUUGUCAAUGGGUGCCCGAUGAGAUUCCAGGUUGACACGGGGGCAUCUUGUUCGCUAGUUGGAUUGGAAGGAUUCCAGCAAUUGGGGCAGCCGAAGUGCUGUUCUACAACCAAGUCUCUCCAAGCAUACGGUGGAACACCACUCAGCUUAAAAGGAGAACUGGCUGUGCAGGUGACAUACGAAAAUUCCACACAUAAUAUGAAUUCGCUGGUAGUUGAUGUCUCUGGUGCGAACAUAUUGGGACUAGAUUGGUUCAAAGCUUUCAGCUUAAAGGUUCAACACUUUAUUUUACAAAUUAAAUCUAAUGAUUUUCUUCUCAACAGCAUUGAGACGUUAUGCAAUAAGUACGGCAGACUUUUUUCAUCGGGGCUAGGCAAGUGCACAUCCUUUCAAGCUCACUUGGAAUUGAAGGAGGGUGCAGUGCCAAAGUUUGUACGUCAUCGUCAAAUUCCCUAUGCUCUCUUAGAUGAAACGAAAAAAGAACUAGAUCGCUUGGUGGCCGAGGGAAUUUUGUCCUGGGUUCAGCGCACUCAAUGGGCCGCACCGGUGGUGAUCGUCGAGAAGGUGAAUCCACAAAUCGUAUGCAAUCGUCAUCCACUGCCUCGACCACGAGAUUUAUUUCACAAGCUUCGUGGAGGAAAAGUAUUCAGUAAAAUCGACCUAUCGGAAGCUUACCUUCAGAUUGAACUUGACGAAUCUUCGAGAGAUUAUGUGGUGAUCAACACACCUUUUGGUCUUUUAAGGUUCAAUCGGUUGCCGUACGGCAUAAGCAGCGCACCAGGCGAGUUCCAAGGUUUAAUGGAACAAAUCUUUGCGGAUCUACCUGUGGGUAUUUAUAUUGAUGAUAUAGUCAUCGCUGGCACAUCGCUGGCUGAGAACUAUAAUGUUCUAUGUCUGCAGGGGUUUCCAUAA